CUCAAUCAAACUCACAAACUCUCAUUCCCCACCCAUUUCCCUCUCCCGGCGCAAACCCUAAUCCCAAUAUCCGAAGAUGCAGAUCUUCGUCAAAACCCUAACGGGUAAGACGAUAACCCUCGAGGUUGAAUCUUCUGACACCAUCGACAACGUCAAGGCCAAAAUCCAAGACAAGGAAGGAAUUCCACCGGAUCAACAACGACUCAUCUUCGCCGGAAAACAGCUCGAAGACGGUCGCACUCUCGCCGACUACAACAUCCAGAAAGAGUCCACCCUCCACCUUGUGCUCCGUCUCCGUGGUGGUGCUAAGAAGCGUAAGAAGAAGACUUACACUAAGCCAAAGAAGAUUAAGCAUAAGCAUAGGAAGGUUAAGCUUGCGGUUCUUCAGUUUUAUAAGGUUGAUGAUUCUGGGAAGGUUCAGAGAUUGAGGAAGGAGUGUCCUAAUGCUGAAUGUGGUGCUGGAACUUUCAUGGCUAAUCAUUUUGAUCGUCAUUAUUGUGGCAAGUGUGGUUUGACCUAUGUUUAUCAGAAAGCUGAUGCUUAAUUUUGAGUUUAUGUUAUGCUAAGUAUUUUUAAUUUGGAUAUUUAGUUUUUAAAGUUUUGUUAUUUAUCAUUUUGGAUAUGUGGGUUUGUUGACAAUUUUUGUUACUACUAUGACUGCAUGAAUGGUUUAAUUUUAAUAUACUAUUUUGUGUUAAUUUUA